AUGGCCGACUCCCCCCAGCGAGCAACACCGCCCGUACUGGCGCCUAACCUCGAAGCGCAACUAACCUGCUCCAUAUGCACCGACCUCCUCCACCAACCCCUCACCCUCCUCGACUGCCUGCACACCUUCUGCGGCGCCUGCCUUAAAGAAUGGUUCCACUUCCAAGCCGAGCGCAUCGAGACCGCCCCCGGUCCGCCGCCGCCCCCUUCCGUCCCCAUCUUCACGUGCCCCAGCUGCCGCGACGGGGUGCGCGACACCAAGCACGACGCCCGCGUGUUUAGCCUGCUGGACAUGUUUGUGGCGCUGAAUCCCGGAAGGGGGAAGAGCGAGGAGGAGAAGAGGGAGAUGGACGCGAGGUAUAGGAAGGGGGAGAGGGUGAUGCCGAGGGUGAGGCGGGUGGAGGAGCGGACGGAGGAGGAGAGGCGCGCGGAUGAGGAGGAGAGGAGGCUGGUAGAGGAGGCGAGGGCCGUUAGUUUGAGGGAGGCGACGGAGAGGGUUGCGGCUUCUUCUGCUUCUUCUUCUCGCGGUGGGGGGAGGGGCGGUGGGAGGCGGAGGAGUGAAUCACGUCAGAGAGGGCGCGAGGUGCAUGAUCAUGGGGUGGGUGGUGCGGCGGCGGCGGCGGCGGAUGUGCGCGCGCGGCAGGUGGAGCAUCAGUCGUCGUUGAGGAGUUUGAUUAGUACGGAUGGGAUGGAUAUUAGGGAUAUUGAGAGGGAGGUGGAGGCGUUUGCGAGGCAGAUUCAGGAGGAGGGGUUGUUGGAUGGGCUGGAUCUGGAUAAUCUUGAUCUGGAGAACAACGAUGAGUUGAGUCGGAAGAUUACCGAGGCGUAUAGGAGACGGCAUCGCGAGAGGAGGAGGGAUGGCGGGAGGAGGAGCAACGCCAGCGCGAACUCCCAUCGGUCGGAAAUCUUGGCGAGACCUAGGUCGCGGACGGAUGAGACUUCACGGCCGACGAGCAGACACGCCCCUCGCUCGAGGGCGCCGAGUGUGGGCAGCAAUGAGGAACGCGGGCGGUAUCCCCCUUCUAGUUCGGCGCUGCUCGGGGUACAGGAACCGACAAGGAGGCGGCGGGCCUCCAGCAGUGGCGGUCGAAGCGCUACCCUGCCUAUUGUGCCUACCCAGGCUGCGGCUGAUAUCAGAGUCGGGUCUCGCGCGCAGACGGACCUCACCUCCAGAGCAGGGGCCACCGAUUCACAUGUCAGGCGACCGAGCAUGGGCAUCGAGGCUAGGAGCUCAAGCUCACCCACAUCCGCCACGGCACCGGUGUCACGGAUGGAUUCCCCGAGAAACCGAGAGCUUCCGUUCAGCGCCCGAGCAGCCGGUGGUCUAGGAGUCAUUUCCCAAGCGGAAACUCGAUCCAGCUCAGCUAGCAGCAGGCAGCGGUCUAGCCGCCCACCAACCGUUGACGUUCGGCCGGAAUCACCAACACUGGGCAGUGUCUCGGGGCCUAUCAGCCCAACCCUGAUUUCUAAUCCACCUCCAUCCCCUCCGCAACCACAACUACCGCGCUACAAGGAACCAUUGAUUAACUGCAGUGUCUGUCACAAAGAGCACAUCGAAUACGAACUUCACUUCAACUGCUACCGCUGCCACAACGGCGAGUGGAACAUCUGCCUCGACUGCUGGCGCCGGCGCAAGGGCUGCCUGCACUGGUUCAGCUUCGGGUCCGCUGCCUGGGCACGCUGGGAGAAGCAGAAUCUCAGCGGGCCGCCCACACCCCAUCCACAUACGCUCACAAACAACCGCUACCUACCCCCGAAGCAAGUACCGGGCGGUGCCGAAGGCCGGCGCGUUCUCACCACGGAGAACCCCCUCGACCGCCUACAGAGCGGCACCUUUUGCAGCUGCUGCUCGGCCUUCACCAACGACUGCUACUGGCGCUGCGACGUCUGCAACGACGGCGAGUGGGGGUUCUGCAACGGCUGCGUCGAGCAAGGGAAGUCAUGCUCCCACCCGCUGCUUGCGUUGGCCUAUAACCCCCCACCCCCCCUUUUCUCCUCUUCCCUGACCUCCCCACCCGUCACCACCACAACCACCCCAACCGGCACCUUCCAACCCCUCUUCUCCACGCCACCCUGCUCAUCCUGCCGCCUCACCAUCCCCCAAACAGACUCCCGCUUCCCCUGCUACAUCUGCACCAAUCCCCACCCAACCCAACCCCAACUCCACGAAGACCCCUCCCAACCUCCCCCCCCACCCACAAACAGCAGCGGCUCCUACAUUUGCAUCCCCUGCUACACGGCGCUCCUCGUGGACGGGAGCAUCGCGCCCGAGAACGGCCCCGCAGGGUGGUGGCGUUGUCUGCGUGGUCACCGGAUGGUGGUAAUGAGGUACGUCCUAAGGAUGGGCGCCGCCGCCGGGAAUGGGAAUGGGAAUGGGGCGGGACAGCAUAUGCGGCGGCGGGUGGAGCGGGAUUUGGUGGGGGGGCAGAGGCUGCGGUUUGAGGCUGCGGUGGGUGGGGUGGAGCCGGGGGUGCAGGUCGUGUCGUGGGUUGUGGAGGGCGGUGGUGCGGCUGCGUCUUCUGGUGGUGGUGGUGGUGGUGGUGGUGGGACGGGGAGGAGGGUGGAGAGGCUUUUUGCUGAGGAUGUGAGGGUUGAUACGGCUGCGUUGGGGGGGACAGAGGCGCGGUUUGUGAGGACGUUUCCGCCCGAUGGGGGGGUCGGGCCCAAGGCGGUGGCCGGGUGGGGGUGGACGCCGGCCGCUGGGGGGGAGGAUGAGUUGAUGUUCCCGAGGGGGGCCGAGGUGCUGGAGCUGGAGGAUGUGAAUGGGGAGUGGUUUCAUGGGUUUUAUAUGGGUGCUGGCGGACUGUUUCCGGCGCCGUAUGUGCGGGUGCUUGGGAGGUUUUGA